CACACACACACACACACACACACACACACACACACGAGUCAUACCCACAACACAUCCUUCAGACCAUCCCCUGCUGGCCAGCUCCGAGCAGGAUAGAGGCGGAGUGCUGAAGGCGGCCGCAGGAGCCAGUGCCUGGACCUCGGCAGCCAGGGAGAGACGGAGCCUGUGGCUGGCGCGGCUGCCGAGCAGGGCCAGGCCGGGCCCUGCCCGCAAGGACGCCCGAGCUCUUCGCCGGCCCCUGUGCCCGAGAGCCCACCGGGCUCUCUUGCUGGACCCGCCAUGACUUCAGAGCCCACGUCGCCCCCAGUAGUUCCCCCGCUCCACUCCCCCAAGUCUCCCGUCUGGCCCACCUUCCCCUUCCACCGGGAGGGCAGCAGGGUGUGGGAGCGAGGCGGCGUCUCGUCCCGGGACCUGCCCAGUCCUCUGCCCACCAAACGGACCAGGACGUAUUCAGCGACAGCCCGUGCCUCGGCUGGCCCCGUGUUCAAGGGCGUCUGUAAGCAGUUCUCACGCUCACAGGGCCAUGGCUUCAUCACCCCUGAGAAUGGAUCCGAGGACAUCUUUGUGCACGUGUCUGACAUCGAGGGGGAGUACGUGCCCGUGGAAGGCGACGAGGUGACCUACAAGAUGUGCCCCAUCCCACCCAAGAACCAGAAGUUCCAGGCUGUGGAGGUGGUGCUCACCCAGUUGGCCCCACAUACUCCCCACGAGACGUGGUCCGGCCAGGUCGUGGGCUCCUAGGCUGGGGGGCUCACGUGUCAGCUGCUGGGCGGGUGGGGAGCCACACAGGGUGGAUGGGCAGUGGCGGGCUCUAGGCCCCGCUGCACUGGCUGGCCGGGGCCCCUGGGCGGCCUCAGCGUGCACGUCUGUCUGUCUGUGCUUGUGGCCG